CUCCUGUCUCAUGUUCACACACACACACACACAUGCUGAUUAUAGUGUAUCAGGACGGACUGACAGACUGACGGCAGUAUAAUGAUUCACUCCAAUCAGUCCAUUCACUCCAUCUUCUGCUGCUGCUGUUGUGCUCUACAGACCAGAAGUAGCACUCGUGUGGAUGUGAACACCAACAGGUAUCCGGGAUCCAUCUAUACGACUCAGCUGUCUCAGAAGAAGCUCCCACCGUCUCCUCCUGAGGAUGAUGAUAGCGGUGUGAUGAAGGUGGUGGCCAUGUACGACUUCACGGCCAGAGAGAGUUCAGACCUGACGCUCCGUCAUGGAGAGACGUACAUCAUCCUCCACAAACAAGAUCAGCUGUGGUGGAGAGCCAAAGACAAACACGGGAACAAAGGCUUCAUUCCCAGUAACUAUGUUACAGAAAUUGGAACUAUAGAGGCCAAUGACUGGUACUGCAAGAACGUCAACAGAGCUGAAGCAGAACAUUUACUCAGACAAGAGGGGAAGGACGGAGGGUUUGUGGUCAGGAGCUCCAGUCAGCCCAACAGCUACACCGUCUCUGUUUACGCACACAGUUCAGGUAAAGGGGAGGUGAGGCACUACCAGAUCAAGCAGACUGACGCGGCUCAGUUCUUCUUGGCAGAGAAUCACGUGUUCGACUCCAUUCCUGAGCUCAUCAACUACCACAGACACAACGCAGCAGGGCUGGUUUCCAGACUGCGAUAUCCCAUCGGCCCCAUGGGCAAAUGUCUGCCGGCCACAGCGGGAUUCAGUUCAGAUAAGUGGGAGAUCAACCCGUCGGAGCUGACCUUCAUGAAGGAGCUGGGCAGCGGUCAGUUCGGAGUGGUGCGACUGGGCAACUGGAGGGCGCAGCAUAAAGUGGCCAUCAAAACCAUCAACGAAGGAGCCAUGAGUGAAGAUGAUUUCAUAGAGGAAGCCAAGAUCAUGACGCGUCUCUGUCACCCUAAGCUGGUCCAGCUGUACGGGGUGUGUGUCACACAGCGACCCAUCUGCAUCGUGACGGAGUUCAUGGAGAACGGCUGUUUGUUGCACUUCCUGCGGCAGCACAGCAAAACUCUGGGCCGCGUCAAGCUGCUCUUCAUGUGUCAGGACGUGUGUGAGGGGAUGGAGUACCUGGAGCAGAACAACUUCAUUCACAGAGACCUGGCCGCGCGGAACUGCCUGGUGAACGAGAGGAAUGUGGUGAAGGUGUGCGACUUUGGCAUGACCAGGUACGUUCUGGACAAUCAGUACACCAGCUCCAUGGGCUCCAGGUUCCCCGUCAAAUGGUCUCCACCUGAAGUUCUUCACUUCAACAAGUUCAGCAACAAGUCAGACGUCUGGUCAUUUGGCGUGAUGAUGUGGGAGGUUUUCGCGGAGGGAAAGACGCCGUUUGAGAACCGCUCCAACCUGGAGGUGGUGGAGGAGGUGACGCAGGGCGGGCGUCUCUACAGGCCUCACCGGGCGUCUGCGCACAUUUACAACAUCAUGUACCGCUGCUGGCAUGAGAGACCGCAUGGGCGACCGUCUUUUUCUGAGCUACUGCAGAAUAUCAAACAGAUCACUGAAGAGGAGACGGACACAUGAACACACACACACAGCUCAGAGAACAGGAGGACGCUUGAGGACGUCUGUUGAUCUUCAGCAUGAGCUGAUGUGUGUGUGUGUGUGUGUGUGUGUGUGUGUGUGUUUGACGAACUGUCAUUUUACAGUCAUUUUUAAGAUAAUGAGAUGUUUUAUAUUUGUACACUGUAAACAUGCAACUUCAUGUCAGUCUGUAAGUUCAUAAGCACCUGAGGA